GCCCAAAAACCUCCGGGAGGAAGAAGAAUAAGAAUAUCGCAGGAGUGCAAAUUCCAGAUUUUACUGCGGAUCCUUCUCAGAAUGAAAGAGCCCACAUGGAACAACGCAAAACAUUUCUGGAAUCCAAGCUUCAGCUUCGUGAAACGGAAUUUGAAUAUCUAAUUUCCGUUCCUAUGGCGCUUUCCAGAAUCACGUUUGCCAAUCAAAGCCUCUGGAAAUCGGUCAAUUUCACUAAUUCUGUUGCUUUUAUUUCGGUUAUCUUCGGUGAAAAUCUCUCCUGUUGUUGUUUCUCAAUCUUACAGACCAAUUUGUUCAGACGCGAUCAAUGUUCUUCCUUCUCAUGACGAAUCUCAUAUCAGUAAUAACUUCAUUUCCCUCUUUAGCCAACGAAAAUUUUCCCCUGAUGAUCCCGAGCUGAAAAUCUUAGCUCCAAGGCUCAACACCCAGAUUGUUGAAAAUGUAUUGAAUGGCCUGAGGAAUUGGAAGGUUGCUCAUAUGUUCUUCAUUUGGGCUUCGAAACAACAUGGUUACAGGCAUAAUUGCUAUACUUUCAAUGUCAUUGCAUCAAUCCUAUCACAUGCUCGACAAAAUGCCCCACUGAGAGCCAUUGCUACGGAUGUUCUUAACUCACGUUGUUCGAUGACCCCUGGAGCUUUGGGAAUCUUUUUAAGAUGUUUGGGAAGCGUGGGGUUGGUUGAGGAAGCUAACUUUUUGUUUGAUCAGGUCAGAGUUAUGGGUCUCUGUGUUCCAAAUAGUUAUACUUAUAACUGUUUGUUGGAGAUUUUGUCUAAAGCAAAUGCUAUUGAUUCCAUUGAGAACAGGCUAAGGGAGAUGAAAUAUUAUGGGUGCGAAGUGGAUAAGUACACAUUGACACCAGUUUUGAAGGCUUACUGCAAUGCUGGUAAGUUUGACAAAGCUUUAAAUGUGUAUAAUGAUAUUCAUGAGAGAGGGUGGAUUGAUGGGUAUGUCUUUUCUAUCUUAGUAUUAGCUUUUAGCAAGUGGGGUGAGGUAGAUAGAGCAAUGGAAUUAAUAGAAAGAACAGGAGAUCAAAAUCCUUGGUUGACUGAAAAGACAUUCUAUGCAUUAAUUCAUGGUUUUGUGAAGGAAUCCAGAGAAGAUAUGGCUAUUAAGUUGCUUGAGAAAAUGAAGAAACUGGGUUUUCCUCCUGAUAUUUCAAUCUAUGAUGUGCUAAUUGGAGGACUUUGUAAGAAGGGAUCAUUUGAGAAAGCAAUGACUUUGUUUUGGAAGAUGAAGUUGCUAGGAAUUACGCCUGACAUCGAGAUACUCGCAAAGCUGAUUGCAUCUUCUUCUGAAGAAAGAGCUAUGAUCAUGUUACUUGAGGAAAGACCAAAAGAUGUGAAUGAUGAAGGUAUGAUCUUGCUUUACAAUUCUGUGUUGACUUGUUUUGUUAAUGUUGGCUCAUUAGAUAAAGCUUGUUAUUUGCUUGGGGUUACGGUGGAAAGCGAGUCUCAUUCUGAUGAUAUUCACAUUUGUGAACUCCACCAAACUUUUAAGAGUGUAGUUCCUAAUACUGCUUCGUUCGGUAUCGUAAUCGAUGGCUUGCUAAAGAUGGGUAAGUUGGAUAUAGCGUUAAGCAUGUUUGAAGAUAUGAUUCAACUUGGUUGUAAACGAAACCAAUUACUUUAUAACAAUUUGAUUGAUGCACUGUGCAAAUCAGACAAAUUAGAGGAAAGCUAUAAGAUUCUAAGAGACAUGAAGCAAUCAGGACUUCAACCUACACAUUUUACUCAUAAUUCAAUAUUUGGGUGCCUGUGUAGAAGAGAGGAUAUUGUGGGAGCUACUGAAUUACUGAGGGAGAUGCGUGGUCACGGACACGAGCCAUGGAUAAAACAUUCUACUCUUCUUGUGAAACAACUGUGCAAAAAUGGGCGAGUUAAUGAAGCUUGUAAUUUUCUUGGAAAUAUGGUUCGUGAAGGCUUCCUACCUGAUAUAGUUGCCUACUCUGCUGCCAUGGAUGGGCUAGUCAAGAUUCAUGAAGUGGAUCGCGCUUUCGAGAUGUUCCAAGACAUUUGUACUCAUGGUUAUCAACCCGACGUGGUUGCUUAUAAUGUAUUGAUAAACGGGCUCUGUAAAUCUGGGAGAGUUAACGAAGCUGAGGAUUUUCUGAACAAAAUGAUAGUGGCAGGCCUUGUUCCUACGGUUGUCACCUAUAAUCUUCUCAUUGAUGGAUGGUGCAAAAGUGGAGAUAUUGAUCAGGCCAUCCGUUGUCUUUCCAGAAUGAAUGGAGAGAACAGGGAACCAACCAUCAUCACUUACACAACUUUGAUUGAUGGAUGCUGCAAUUCUGGAAGGCCCGAUGAUGCCGAAAUACUUUGGAAUGAAAUGCAACAAAAAGGGUGCUUCCCGAACAGGAUAGCUUACAUGGCUAUCGUGCAUGGUCUUUGUAAGUGCGGAAGGCCCGAUGAAGCUCUAGUUUAUUACCACAGGAUGGAAGAAAAGGAAAUGAAACCAGACAGUUAUGUCUCUGUUGCAUUGAUCAAUGCUCUCGUGUCGAAACAAAACUUUCCUAUGGCUCUUAACAUACUAGAGAAGAUGGUUGAGACAGGAAAAGUUCCCGAUCCAGCUGAUAAAAACUAUGUAACUAUAAGAGAUGCAAUAUUUAAAUUGUCUGAAGACGAACGAACUGGCUCGGGAGUUAGAUCUCUUAUCGAAAAGGGCAGCAUUCCGACUAUUAGCAUUUCAGAUCUCAAGAGCUGAAGUUGAAGCCUUUUUUGUUACCUUAUCAAAGGGAAAUUAGAUAGAUCUUUUGGUAGCAAAACAAAGGGAAAUGUUGAUAUGUUUGCAAACCGAGCAGCUGGUUUGAGACUUCUAUCUCGACUCUGAGUAUCGAUUUUCCGAACUCCAGGUACCUUCAUUUGAUAGUAGACAUCACAUGUUCUGUCAUCCUUAAAAUAGUUGGAUUCAUUUAGAACUAAGGUUAUUUUCUCUAUUUUUGAUAACAAAGUUGUGUGCUUCUUUCUAAAUAAUUUAGUGAUUUAGGCUGAAGAGCUGCAAGUUUUCACAA